UGUCAUUUAGUCCGCCGUUGCGCUGUCAGACGUUUUGUCCACUUCCUCCCGGAUAUUUUGCUAACUGAGCGUAAGACAAGGUAGUGGUGUUCACGUCUUGGAAGAUUGAGCCGCUCUAGAUCAGAACCAGCACUGCAGUCACUAUCAUGCAGUCGGUAACAGGUACGCCCAUACAAGUGCAUCCGACGGCCAUGCAGUUCAACUUUGCAAUGAGCCCCACGGUAGCCGCCGCGCCUGGACCGUAUUCCUUCGCCACUGCGGACGGACAGAGUUUCGUAACCGCUGUACAGCCAACGGGCGCAGCGGGCACAGGCGAUCUUCAACCGGUACUGCUCUCUCCGCAGACUAUCUUUGCCCAACGACCAGGCGCAGCGGGGGCCACUGCUGUGCGCUACGCGUUUCCCGUGCAGGCUGCCAACCCUGCUGCUGCUGCUGCUGCUGCUGCUAUGACACCGUUCAGUCCUCCAAGCGCUGGAGCUUACCCUUGCCCCGCGCCUACUGGUGCGCCAGGUUCGGCACAAUCGCCAUCGCCCAUGACCACCAUGAGGCCUGUGUUCGUCCCAACGACCAGCGCUUGUGUCACCUCACCGGUGCAAGUGGCCCCCGGUCAGUGGCAGUACCCCUACACUGGUGCUGAGACAGGCAUCGCAGCCGCAGCCACACCAGCGGCAUACAGCGUUCAUGAUGCUACCGCCGCCGUCGGUCAUCCUGGCUUUGUGAGACCAGCAGCUGGCUUCCACCCGGCCGCCGCUCAAAUGAUUGCGUGUAAUCCCUACAUGGGCUAUGCAGAUGCGCCGGGGCGGAUGAAGCGUGCGCGCGACUGCACGCGGCCACUGCGCGACUGGCUGGUGGGCCACCGCCACAACCCGUACCCGCAGAAGGCCGACAAGUGCCACCUGAUGUUCCUGAGCGGCCUCAGCAUCAACCAGGUGUCGAUGUGGUUCGCCAACGCUCGCCGUCGCAUCAAGAAGGUGGGCAUGAAGGCCUGGUCCAAGGGUCUGUGCGAGGACUUGCCAGGCGCUGGGCCUGGUUCCGACAACGACGCUGAGAAUGAUGAUGCUGAUGACAUCACAAGUGACGACCUACUUGCCGACAGUGACUGUAUCGUGGACAGCGCCAGCGACAAGUCUGAGAAUUACAUCACAGGCACUGCCAGCAGUGCUGGCGUCGGCCCAGCAGCAAUGCAUGCCAUGCGCAUGCACCCAUACGCGGCUAUGAUGCACCCGCUGCACAAUGGGCGUGCCGACUCGACGCCGGUGCGUAGCUUCUCGUGUUCCGACGCCGAGUACUCACAGCAGGCGAUGCUCAUCGGUACGGGCACGGUGAAACGCCACAGCCUGGAGACGACGGCCAUAGAGUUUAGUCCAGUGGCCACACCGCAGUCUAGCUACGGCAUGGCUGACAAGUGGUCCUCAAGCAGUGGCUAUGCAACGUGCAAUGAUCUCCCCACGCAGAAUUCCUCCGCCACACACUCGUCCACAGCAGAUACGGAGAGCGACGUGGCAAGAGCGCCCGUCGCUACGGUGCCCGUACCACCGGCACCGCCUUCACGACCACUCCUCACGCCCGUCGGCGUGCACAUCCCCAGUGUGAUGAUGUCAUCAAUGAUGUCAUCACCGGCCAGCACACCCCCAGGGGUGCAAUGGUGCUUCAAGCAGGCAGCGGACAUGCCCGGCAUGCGAGUGCCACUCAAACAAAUCCAUGACUAGAGCAGCAGCAGCAGCAGCAACACGACAGCUGCUGUGUCAUGAUCCUCCGCAGUUAGUGAAAUAGCCGUGAACCUUUAGUAGACAAGGGAAUUAUGACCCAAUGACUGUUCCUUGUCACUGAAGGGUGUGAAAACAUGCUCUGUGCAACACUUGCGAACCAUCUCUGAAUGGUGCAUGACGUGUCAGAGUAUCUCAAUUAGCAGUGUGCAGGAGACCGCAUGCCUGCGCUCCGUAUUCAACUUCCGCGUUCUACAUCGAAGGCAUUCAAUUGUCCAAUUGCUCUGUAGCUGCAUAACAGUUAGGCGUGCCUACCUGUCUACUUGUGUGAGUUUGUACUAGCACACGACCUGCCUG